CAGUGUUUCUUCUCUUCUGCGACCCUCUCCUCCUGUAUCGUUACAGUUAGCACUCCAGCAUUUUUUUACUUGCUGUGGGUCUCUCUCUCUCUCCAACCCUGUAACAUUUUUCUGAACCAUGACCGAGCAGACCAAAGCAGCGGCCCCAUCGGCACCAGGGGCCCCAUCACGUCCUCACUACUCUAGGGACUUCUUCUGGUCCCCCCUGUGGAGCUGGUGGCAGCAGCCCACCCCUAGCAGCCUCCUUCCCAACCAGGAUUUCGGCCUGCCACCGUUCCUAGAGCCCGGUGACCUCCGUGACCUCAGCUGGAUGGAUAACAUCCAUAGACUCCUGGCAGCCAGCUCCUGGACUGGGUACAUUCCCUCUCUGCCCCUCUUGGUGCCCUCCUUUCCGGCCCCGGCCUCCUCAAUGCACCAGCUAGCCCCCAAGCUGAGCAGGGUAGAGUCUGCAGGGUUGAAGGGGCUGUCGGAGGUCCGGGUGGAGGGGCACAAUUGGAGGAUCACCCUGGAUGUCAGUCACUUCUCCCCCGCAGAGAUCACUCUCAGGACCCGCAGCGGCUUCCUGGAGAUCGGAGGGACUCAUGAAGAGAGACCAGAUGAGCAUGGUUUUGUUGCUAGAUGUUUCACCAGGAGAUACAUGCUCCCGAUAGGUAUUGUCUCUAAGACCAUACGAUCCUCUCUGUCUGGUGAUGGAAUUCUGACUGUAGAGGCUUCACUUCCUGACCCCAGCAUCCCUGAUGACAUCAUAAUUCCCAUUCAGGUGGAGAAGGAGACCAUAAGAGAAGAGGGAGAGGAGGGUGGAGCUAAGCCAGAGGAGACUACCGUAGCUGACACAGACUCCCAGCCUUCUCCAUCUGCCCCUGCUGUGGCCCCUGUAUCCCUGGAGGCGCCUGACUUCACACCCGCAGAGCCUGGCACCAUGCUCCCCACAGAGGCACCCAAGGAUGGGGAUAAGUUAGCACAGGAGGUCCCUGGAGAAGAGGCCCAGCCAGACAGCGCCACGGCUGAGCCAAAGAGCAAUGACGAAGGGAGAGGAGGAGCAGAGGAGCGGGAGACACACACUAAGCCAGCUGGAGAGAUGGAGACCCACCCCCCAGAGCAUGCAGAUAAAGAGGGAAAAGAGGGAGAAGGGAUUCCAGAUCCCACAGAGCCCUUUGAGCAUAUUGAUGCCCCUGACUCCCCAGACACAGUCACGUCCGACCGCGGGGAACACAAAACAGACCCAGCCCAAGACCUUGACGAAGAGCCCCAGCACUCAGAGGGCUCAGGGGAGGCAGCCGAGGCCCCGCCCCAGCCUGAGGAGCACGAGCCAGGCAUGAGUCCAUCAGAGGAGGGGGCCCACCACUCUCAGGAGCUGGAAGUUCCAGAGCACCCUGAUAUGGAGCAACAGGCAUACACCAAGUAGAGAGAGAGAGAAAGAGAGAGAGAGAGAGAGAGAGAGAGAGAGAGAGAGAGAGAGAGAGAGAGAGAGAGAGAGAGAGAGAGAGAGAGAGAGAGAGAGAGAGAGAGAGAGAGAGAGAGAGAGAGAGAGAGAGAGAGAGAGAGAGAGAGAGAGAGAGAGAGAGAGAGAGAGAGAGAGAGAGAGCGAGGGGGGAUGAGACGUGACUGAGAGAGAGAGAGACAUGGCUGUAAUUUCAUAAGGAAUUUGCUAAGAUUCAAAACAUCCAUCUCAAGCGCCUGCAUUCUGCAGACUUCCUCUUUAGGAAUAGCCUGGUCCCAGAUCUGUUUGUUCAACCAAUUGUAGACAAUGACCAUAAGAAUUGGCAAGACAGCACAAUCAGAUCUGGGAUCAGGCUACUUCUUCACCAGCUAGCAGCAAAAGCUUGCAUAAUAACCCUGAUUCUAUCAAUGUGCGUGUGAGUGAAGAACCACACACUGUCACUGUGACCAUGCACUGUUUGGAGCUCCAAUAAACCAAUAGCAAAUGAAAA